AUGCGCAUCAUCGCCGCCCGGCAAGGGUCGGGCCUACCCACCCCCACGGCGCGUCCCCUCUGCUCUGGAGCACGCGUACUACCGAGUAUACCCUGGGUCAAGUCCAGGCGGAUGACCAAAGAAUGUCAUGGCGGCACUGAUGCCCAACCGACGCCCUGGGCCUUCCCCCUGGACUCCGGAUGGACAUCUACCGAUGAGCAACAGUACUCUGCAAACAACAAACCUGUGCAACACCAACUGCUGCUGCCGGAUCCUAUUAUUACUCCUUCAAAAGUACCCCACGAACCCGCCAAGGGCUUCCUCCUGGCUAUGCUACCGUCCCUCCUUCUCGAAGCCAUGGAGCUGCUCACCAACAGUACUCCGGAGCUGAUGACGACUGAGCGGCUCCCGUUGAGGCGUCGCGAAGCCUAUUGCGGCGCCAACCCUGUGUGCUUGUGCUGCUUGCCUCGACCUUUCUUUCGGCUUGGUCACAAGUCGCUGGCUUUCUCAGGGCCGUCUGCCAAUCGCAAGCACCAUCACGCUGUCAAAGAUGCAUUCCCUGGGUAA